AUGUUGAGUAUUGCCCAGGCCUCGGGCCUCAUCGCGGCUGCAGUGAUGAUUGUCCAGUAUGGCCUUCCAGCUGCAUUGGUAAUAAUUCUGGUCAGAUAUGUUGGUACCGAGAAUAGUGCUGUGACCUGGUCCGUUGUGAACCGCGCAAUCUCUACUACAAUCUGGCCGCAUCUUAUUCGAGCCGACGCUGUCAAUAGUCUCCAGACUACCUGGAAAACAAGAGUCCCGAGUUGGGCCUCGACAGCUGGAGCCGCGUUGUUGGUCGUGGCUGGUGUUGUCACGCCCCUUGGGCUCCACGAUGAAAUCGUGUUGGGCGAAUCUGAGUUGAUCGAGUUCCAAUAUAUUCGCGAUCCGGGCCCAUUUGGCUCGGUCACCAUGGCUCGACCGUAUGCCGAAUUCACUCGAUACUGUGAAUUUGGCAGGCACAUCAAUUGCCCUGGCCAAUACCAAAGCGUUUACGUGAAUGAAACAGAACCCGGAGUCUAUUCUAGCGUGGAAACUGACGAGAAUUCCACUAUCAAUACCACCAUUCCCGCGAACUUCACCACGAUGUUUACUAGCGCAACCUCUGAUCAAGGGAAUACCAUCUCGGGCCUGUUCGAUAUCCAAUUCCGUCGUUGGAAAUUUAACAAGAUCGGAAUGAUCAACAAAGGUCGGCCAUUCGUGCAAGGCAACAGCCGCUUUACUGGGACCUUGAUAGCGCAAGACAGAGUCGUCCUUGUCGAAGGCCUCAUUGUCGAUAUGAGGAAAAAUCCCGGGGUCGGGUUCAGAAACCACACCAUUCCCGUAGGCUUGUCCCAUGGGGGCACUUGGAAAGAAGAUAUUACGUGGGCCGAGCCAGUCACCAAAUGUGCCGACAGCAACCUAUCUAUUGCGCUCCGGUCAGAGAAAGCCGAAGAGGAAUGGGACACUAAUACCACCUUUUAUAUUGUCGACCGCGGCGCUUUCGUUGGACUCAACGUGAGCGCCUUGGAGUCACCCCCUUGGAAUGACAACCAGACACUUGAUCUAUUUGGUCGAGCUCACAAAGCCGCACGCAUGCACAACGUGUUCGUUGCUUCCAGCCUCAAUCUGACCUUGCCACUCGACCCCACCAAAGACAUCUUAGGUAAGAUGGUCAUGAAGGAUCCCGGACCAGCAUCGGCCCCUAUGUACAGUGCACUCAAUUUUGAUCAAAGCAUGAUUGGACAGUUGACGGGCAUCGGUGGCGCGCCACCUGAGAUUCCUGAAGUAUACGCCUACAACUCAACCACACCUUUCGUCAACUACUAUCCUGAUGGAUGGAAGAAGCUUCUGGCCCUCAAUUACUCAGCCAUUACGGAGAUCUGUAAAGGUUACUACGAAAUAGACUAUGUGGACCUCGACUACCGCGCCAACAAUAUCACCUACCCACUUGUCUCAUGCGGUUUCGUGCUCGGUGCACCACUCCAGAAAAGAACAGAAAAUCUCACCAUAUCAGUAUACACCGGUAUCGAAGAAUACCAAAAGAAUCUGUACGUCUGCGCAUCGGCAAUACGAGCCAGUGUCAAAACUGUCACGUUUCUAUACAAUGGGACCGGAGCUAGAUUCGAGAACCUCGAGGUCGUGGACAUCGCGGACAAGGUCUAUCCUAACGAAAAGUCAAAGCCAUUAUGGGCUGGAGAGCACAGCUACGACAAGGCCAUGCGCUUCGACCCACUCUGGGGCAUUGUCGACGACAGUUACGAAAAUUAUGGCUUUAAGGAAGGUUUUUACACCUUGCGAGCUGAAAAAUUCUGGCUCACUGCCACUCCUACCCCUAGCCUCAGUUUCGGCGAUACAGACGGCUUUGACGCACUGGCCGCCGUAUCAAGCUUCCCUCGUCGCCUAGCGAAUCUCUACGGCUUCGCGGACGCUCUCGGAGGGCCCGACUAUUCCGGCAAGAACGACUACACCAUGCUAGAACGUUUCCAAAGUCUCUCCCACAAUCAAGACGAUGCCGCGCAAAUACCCAAUUUGAUCAUGACGGAUGGGUUCGCGGCAGGCCUUGUCGGGACGAAGACCUCUAUCUCCACAAAAUACGUCCAGUGGCCCGCGAGUCUCGCCGUGGACGACACAGUGCAAGGCUACCCUUCGGCAAGAGUAACAGCAUACAGGCGAGCCCUAAGGUACGAUAUCCGCUACGCAAUCCCGGCAUUGAUGGUCCUCUCAUUGCUCCUACCCGCGCUUAUCUGGGCCCUGGCGAUCCUCGUUUCGACACGGCACCUCCUACAAACCCUGAAGAACUUGUACAAUCAGACCAGCACCGGCCGACUUGCGACAGGCAUACUCGUCCCAACGCCGGAUAAAAAAGAGCAAUCGUCCAGAGACUGGGUCAAAGGAGAUGGAUCCCUGCUCCUGAGUUUCGGCCAUAUCAAGAAACCGGAGAAAGAUCCCUUCUGCGAGAUUGUGGGUGGCGGGUCUUCGGAUGCGACGCAGAGUCCGCCAAACCGUGAAAAGGUUGUCUCGCCGGUGGAUGGUGGUGCUCAGACUGUCAUGGUGACUCCGGCAGGAGAGAGCCAAGGUGUUUGA